AUGGGCAAGACCCCAGCUGUUAUCUUCGUCCAAUGGCAUCUCACCUCUCCCACUCCUUACGAUCCCCCUCUCACGUACGGCGGCUGGAAUCAAUCACGUGCCCUUGGGGUGCGAAUCGAACGUCUACUGAGGGAGCGGGAGCAAUGCAACCGCAAGCCCAGCGUAUCGGAGGAAUCGAAGAGUUCGCCAGCUUCGGCAGAUGAGGGCCCGAGUCCCAAAGCCGGCCUGCUCGCACCGGGAAGCCCACGGCGGAAACAACAAAUCAUCAUCCACUGCUCACCGUUUCUCCGCUGCGUGCAAACCGCAAUUGCCAUAAGUUCUGGAGUAAGCCAGGGUCGUGGUAUCCGCUCCGAUUCACCUUCAUCCACUUCCGCUUCCAGGAGCGUUGCGGAGGAUGGCUCUCUACAUGACAGCUCGACGACUCCACACCCACAACUCGAUUCCGAAGAUAGUCGGGGUGAGCACACCAAGCCGGAUACUACUGCAAAUAGAAAAGUUAAACGGGGCUGUUUAUUGCGGCUAGAUGCAUUUCUUGGAGAGUGGUUGACUCCUGAUUACUUUGACCAAAUACCCCCGCCGCCAGGUUCGGUUAUGAUGGUAGCAAGUGCAAAAGCCGAUCUUUUACGCCCUGCUGAAAUUAUUGAAUUGACAUCUCCAGCUGACGUUGUUUCGGCUUCUGGCUUUUUCCCAGGUGGCUGGAAUAGAUCAUCCACUAGCCCUGUCGAAAGAAGUGUUGGUUCCUCUGGAGCCACACAGAAUCCUCCUGGCAGAUUACGUUCGGGUACCCUUGAUAGUGGCUCCGGCGGCAUUCAUUCUGGCAAGCGGCCGAUGCUUUCCAAACUCACCACAUCCACGGCGAAUACCGACAGCGGUUAUAUCCCCCCAACGCCAACUUACGCAGUGAAGUCAUCAGACCCUAUUCCACGCGGGUAUGUGUCGCACGCACGCGACGCCUGUGUUGAAGUGGAUUAUCAGUGGGAUAGUAUGCGUGAGCCUCAGAACUGGGGAAGCGGCGGAGAGUAUGGGGAAGAAUGGAGCUCUAUGCACGAAAGAUUCCGCAAUGGGCUGGAACGCAUGAUAGCAUGGUACAAGUCGCGCCAAUCGGUGGAGGUUCAAGACUGCAAGGUAUCGGAUAAGGGCGAAGAUGCCGCUGACGAUACCGAAACGGUCCUUAUUCUGGUUUCGCAUGGUGCUGGGUGCAAUGCCUUGAUCGGCGCUCUCACUAACCGCCCAGCAUUACUCGACAUUGGAAUAUCGUCACUUACCAUGGCGGUGCGGAAAGCAGAGCCUACGUCUCACCCAGGCGGUGGCCUGUUGCAUCAAGACGGCCCUUCCGCGCUGGUUGAUGUUUCCGAUGAGUAUGAUCGGCAGUCCCAUUUCCAGCCCGGUAUCCUCCCGGGGAUUCCCAACCCCAGAUCAUUCUCAUCGACAGAGAUUUGGUUCGAUUUCGAGUUCUUUUAG